AGCGUGUGUGGAGACCCCAGCUAACCGUGCGCGCACGACGAGGCAGAGGGGUCUGCAGACGGCAAGUCAAGUGUCACCAUGAUCGACCUUAUAUGGGGAGGAUCUUAAUGCGAGGCGGCGUAAAUCAUAACAGCAAGAUGACAUUUCACAUCCUCCUCUGGAUCGGAGUACAGUCCGCUAUCUGAAACUCCGUAGGCUGGACCAUACAACCGCAAGCAGCUGCAGUGUGUGCAGUCCGCUGAAAGCUAGAGCCGCGAUUGAAGAAGACACAAAUAUUGUUCGCCGUGAUUCGUAAUAAUAAACAGGAUGAAGAGGAGGAAGAUCAUGGUGGCUGCUGGCUUCUGCCUUUCUUUCUUCCUCGGUACGCUGAUGAAUUUAUUGUUCAUUCCAGGAUUUGAACACCAUCAGAACCACGGAGACAGACUGCGCAGCUACCACCACGGCAGGCAGCACCAGCGCGUCGCGGACAACGCGCAGCUUCAUGUCGGGGACCCGCUCACCGCAGCUGUCGCCGCCGAGGUGAACAGCCGUCCGGCCACCGGCGACUGGAAACGGCAGCGCGAGCUCCAGAUGCAAAUACGCGAGAGGCUCGAGGAGGUUCUCCGGUACCGCCAACGGCAAGCACACUGGCCAGCUACCGGAGACGCCUUCCGUCCGCUGGAGAGAAGACGGCUCAUGGAUCUGGAGCCGGCGAGCUACUGGGAACUCAACAAAGCCAAAGAUAGACGCGACAAUCGCCACAUAGACGCUCAAAGCAGACAGCCGCCUCCUGGGUCAAAUAGUGCGAAAGCACAAAAUGUGUUUUGGAUGAAUCCAGUCAAGGCCAACAGCGGGAAGAUGUUGGGGUGCCACAGUAUUGCCAAUGUGACUAACAUUCAGUACCUUGGUUCGGGCUACACAAAAGCUGUGUACAAGGCGACCAUCAACAGCAGCUUAUCAGUAGCUCUGAAGUCUGUGGAUUUUGGAGGUCACGAUAUGGACAACUGCAUCAAGAAGUAUGGAUCGGCUGAAGAUUGUUAUCGACUGGCCUCUUUUAAAAUAGUGAAAGAGAUGACGCUGAUGGAACAGUUGCAACAUCCAAACAUUCUGCAGUUGUAUGGAUACUGUUACCAGGACAGCAAUGACAUCAGGGACACGGUGACGGCCAUCACCGAGCUGGGGAAUCCGCUGGAGAUGAUCCAGCUGCUGCAGACGCCAUGGGAGGAACGCUUCAGAAUCUGCCUGAGCCUGGUGCGUCUGCUGCACUUCCUGGCCCACUCGCCGCUGGGCCCCGUCACGCUGCUGGACUUCCGGCCGCGCCAGUUCGUGCUGGUGGGCGGCGAGCUCAAGGUGACGGACCUGGACGACGCCAGCGUGGAGGAGUCGCCCUGCGGCAGUCCGCACGCCGCGCCCGCCGACUGCCUCAUGGAGUUCCCCGCGCGGAACUUCACCCUCCCGUGCAUCAGGGGGCGCUGCCAGGGCAUUAACGAGAAGAGGAACCUCUACAACGCCUACAGGUUCUUCUUCACCUACCUGCUUCCCCACAGUGCCCCUCCUGCUCUGAGGCCCCUGCUGGAUAAGAUUGUCAACUCAACUGGGGAGCUUGCCUGGGGCAUCGAUGAGACUCAGGUGCAUCUUGAGAAGGUGCUGCAUCUCUACAAAAAUGGACUUUACCUACAGAAUGCCUCUCAGACACACACAUCUGCGUAUAAGCGGCUAGUGGACACGUCCAUCUCAGGGGAGAACUACCGCUGCUGGCCGUCCUAUCAGCACGAUGGGUGCACGCUGUCCGUCCUCUCCGUCCGCGAGGCCGUCGGCGUCUGUGAAAGCCACGCCCAGUGCCAGGCCUUCGUCUUGACCAAUCAGACCACUUGGACAGGUCACCAGCUCGUUCAGUUCAAGACGGGCUCCGGCCAUCUGAGCCCCAGCAAGGGCCGGGUGGCCUACGUGAGGAGCGGCCGCUGAACGGAGAGACGCCAACACGAGACGACGAAAGAAGAGACAGGAAGACGGAGUGUUGAAACAGGAAGCCCCCGAGGAGGUCAGAGGUCAGAGACAGGUCCGUGUGACCAGACCAGAUCACACACACCGUGUGGCCGACCAGAUCACACACACACACCACUCCCCUCCGUCGGGAUGAGCUGGGGGAAAAGCAGCCAGAUAAGGCUGAGUCCAGUACAGCUGAGUCCAGUGGCACAGUGGAGCUCACUGCAGAGUGAGGACCAGAAGAGGGAGGACCAGGCCAGUGUGGGUCCAUGGCUCGUCUGAGGCCAAAGCAGCGCAGCCAUUGGCUACUGCAGCUGACCGUGGGGACUGGACACUUGUUUGGCUCCGUUAGGGUCACAGGUUCACACCUGCCCACCUUGGUUACGGUCAUGUUGACUGUAUUUAUGUAUCCGUGAUGUCACUUCAAAGUAGUUGUUGUGAUUAUGACUUGAGGUUUAGUCUGUGUCUGUGUGUGUGUGUGUGUGUGUGUGUGUGCAUGUGUGUAUGUGUGUGUGUUGCUUGUGCAUUCCAAUCUUCCUGAUUAAACGAUGGGCAACCUAAGGAGGAUUCAGGCUACAGUUACGUGUUGGAGGAAGCCGCCAUUUCUCUCUAUCUCUAUUUCUCUUUCUUUCUCUCUGUCUAUAUCUUUAUCUCUGUUUUUAUUUUCAUUUGUUUCCUGAAUUUCUCAGGUCAUUUUGGUGCUAAAAGCAAAACAAAGCAAAUGAUUCUAUGAAUCAGUUAUGUCUCUGUUUAUUUUUCCUCUUUCUUUCUGUCUUUCUUUCUUUCUUUCUCUCUUUCUUUCUAUACCAUUCCUGCAUCCCUCCUCACCAAAUCCUGUGUUUGUAUCUGACCAGCAGCACUUUUGAAGACAGAAGACAGGGUUCCAUUUGUGUUAUCAGUGCUUUUUAAAAAAAAAAAAGAAAAUAGAAAAAACACUGCUUCAAAUCUGUUUUUAAAAUGUAUUUAUUCAAAUGGACAAUUUCUUAAAGAAUCUGAAGCAUCUAGAACUCCAAAGUUCAACUGUAAAAGUGAAUAUUUGCUAGAAUGUGUGGAAUAGGGUGGGCUACAGAAUGUAUUUCUUAAGUUUAUUUGUUGUUUGUAAAAUUGGUUGUCCGUUGACCAAAUUUGAGAAGGUUAAGGCUUCUGAUGUGCACCAUCAUACAGGUAUACCUCAAGCCUUCUGGGUAAUUUGUGUAAAUGAAGUCUUUUGUUGUUGUUGUUGUUGUUGUUGUUGUUGUUGUUGUUGUUGUUGUUGUUGUUAAGGAAAAAGAAAUAUAUUGAAAUGACAGGGUAUUCACAGACUGAGCCAAGCAUCACCUCCAACAGCUUAUGUUUUUGUGAGGUGGAUAAAAAUGACUUCUUAAAUUCAAUCAUUGUGUCCAGUAGGGUCGUGUUAGUGUGUUUAACAUGGAGGUCAGGAGGAGGUCAUUUAACUGCCCGGUGCAAAGUGUUAACAGACUCAAAACCUCCUCCACCGUAUAAUUAGAUUUAAGUCUCCUUCAUGUGCCUGGCAAUUCCGCCUGAUUUAUAUAGGAGAACGAAUAGCCCAUUAAAAUUGGAGCUACAGAUAAAAAAAAAAAAAAAAAAAACGAAAAGGUAAAUAAGAAAAGUAAAUCAGCUUCAGAAUGAUAUUCAUCAAGCUUGUAAUUAAUUUCAAAACUAGACACCUGAUUGCAUUUCCCCACUCUAAGAUAACAAUGUACAGUACAGUGUUCUGCCAGAAUCCUACAUAUUACGUGGGGCAGUGUGAAACAGGAAGAAUCUCAGUUUAACUAAUGAAUGCUCGCUGGCUUGAUGCAGAGAAUGUUUCACAUGAUCACCUGCCUGAGAGGUGGCUGACUCCCAUGGCCUGAUGGGUAAUAAUGAUUAACCAGGAAGUCACUUGGCUCAGUGACUUUCCCUGUUUCCCAAGGAAAUGACACCGCUUUCAGUGAAAGCAAAAAGAAAGGAGAGUACGAACAAUUGAAUGAUGGCGGGGAAAACAAAAUUACAGGAUUAAAAAAGACAUGAUUCAAAAACAUUGCUUCCUAUCUUGAAUGUGAACAUGUUGUAUAUAAUCUUGAUCAUGAGAUUGAUAUUUUUUUAUAUUGAAAUAAAAAUCAAUGUGUCUUGAA